CUAAAGGUUUUUUUCAGAGACAUUUUGCUCCGCAGCAAAAGGAAGGGCGGAGGUCUUUUCGUUAUCAGCGACUCAAACCUCCUCAUGUUCGUCGGUUUUUACUGACCUGCCUGAAAAGAUUUCGACGAUUGAGUUUUUAUUGAUGUGAUAAUCGAUACUCUGUCAGUCCUGUAUUGAUCAGUGGACAUGGGUCGGUCUGUGGUUCUCGGAGCGCUGCUGCUGCUGCUGGUGGCUAACGUUAGCUUCACUCAGGCCCAGACUGUGGAGAAGUACUUCAAGGUUGGCAGCACACCCCAGCUCAGCCCUCAGCCGGUCUCUGGAGCGAUCUCCAGCAUCGUGUGGAAAUACGAUAAAAACCUGCUGGCUGAGUGGGUGCGAGGCUCGAUUGAUCUGACAUAUUACAGCAAGUUUAGAGGCCGAACCACUCUGAAGACUGACACAGGAGUGUUGGAGAUCAGCAACAUGACUACAGCGGAGACUGGACUGUAUUCAGUGGAGAUCAACAACCAGGUCCAGAGUCAGGUUUAUCAGAUUGUGGUGAUCAAAGGUGUGCCCAUACCUGAAGUGAUUCUGCAGCCGCUGGCUUGUAAUCGACCGUCGACAUGUGGACUGAAAUGUCACGGAGACAUUACAAAUGCCGGGCCUGUCACCUACUCCUGGAAGAAGGACGAUGGAGAGUGGGAAGACGGACAAGACAGAAGGAAUCUCACUAGUCUGGAAAUGGACAGCGUGAAAACUUUCACCUGCAGGAUGAAAAACCCAGUGAGCCAGAACGAGAGCAAAGCCUUCAAAAAUCCCUUCUACCAGGAGAAAACGGCAGGAACAGAAUCAUCAUCAUCUCCGGUUGGGCCGAUUGUGGGGGGCAUUAUUGUUCUACUAGUUUUAGUUGCUGCAGGUCUGGGUUUUUGGAAGAGGGAGGACCUUAAGAAGAAGUUUCUCAAGCCUAACACACCUAACACUGAACAGCCUAAUUCUCCUAUUAAUGGUAAGACUCCUACGGAGGAGAAUACGGUGCUGAUGUCUGAUGUGGAGUCGGGCUCCAAAGCGAACUCAGGAGGUGUCAACAGUGAUCCCAAGCCAGAAGAGACAGGGCUACCCAAUGGUGAAGAUGGUGGGAGCAGUUCUUAGAAAACGCCAACUGUUGUUGUGUGUCUGCUACAGAACAUGUGGCCGAAAAUGUUGGUCAGUCAGAGAAAAUGAAUGUUUUCUUUGAUGUUAGGAGCUGCCUGUAUUUAGACAGAGGAUGUUGUAACAUGAAUGUGUGUCCUCAUCACACUGAGCAGGAAAAUUCCCUUUUUAAAUUCACAUUAGAAGUUUCUGAAGACGUAAUAUCUUCAUAAUGAAGUAAUACCAUCAGUACCACAGCUGGGAAGUACAGUUACAAGAUAUGUGUAUAUAAAAGUGUUCUUAAGGUGGAUCUGUCCUGCUCAUUUCUACCUGUUCAUUCUAUUUUCUGAAUCUUUUAGGGUGGCUUUGCAUGAUUCACAGGUCAAUAAUAAUCCUUUAUGUACUAACAGCCCUUCACUUCAUCCUCUCUCUGAAACAAGCAGACUUAGCUCCUGUCCACGAUCCACCUUUUUUACACGUAUGAUAAAAAGCAGAAUAGCUCCACUUUAAAACAUAAAAUUAUGACGAUGCCAAAAAAAAUGUGAUGUUUGAGUUCAGUGCAAAGUGGAAUGAGUGCUGUUCGCUACAUUAAAUCAUGUUGUGAGGCAAUCAUUUAAUCAUGAACAUGUACAUCACUGUGUUAAAGCCCUCUGAAUGAUAUAACUUACAUGGAAUGAGGUGUAAGGUAUUUUUGUUUUGUUUUUGUGUAAAUGUGUGCUGUUGUCAGCUUUGUUUUAGCAUAUUUUAUUGGCUUCAUCGUUGAGGACAAACAUGUACAGAACUGUUUCAGAAAGUGGAAAAGGACGUUUGUGAUGUGUGUGAACGUGCAGCAUCACAUGUUAUGGAGACUAAGUGAGACAAUAGUGCUUUUUAAUGUCCCGUCACAGCCGUGGAGGCUGAAGGGCACACUGGACUCACACUGUUGGAUCACACAUGUUUAAAUCCACUCCGGAGCCCUGCCCUGCUUCUCUGCACCUGAGAGGAUGGAGGACGUUUUAUGAAGCAUUACUCAAAUGUGCAUCAUGUACUCCUGUAAAGCUUAAUGAGUGACACAUGCCUCUUCAGUCUGCUGUCCUUUUUACUUUUUUAAAAGGUUUUUUUUUAAAGCACUGCAGGGCGAAUUUUCUUGUUUCUUCCAUCUUUCAUAUCAGCUUCUUUACACAUUGGCAGUUUGAUUAUUUAUUAGAAACUGUAGUGCUUUUAAUAAACCUGGCAGUGCUACACAGA